AUGCCACGCGAAUUAAUAACGAUACAAGCCGGACAAUGCGGAAACCAGAUUGGUAUGGAGUUUUGGUCUCAACUCUGUGCCGAACAUGGAAUUAGUAAAGAAGGUAUACUAGAAGAUUUUGCAACCGAAGGUGGUGAUCGAAAAGAUGUGUUUUUUUAUCAGGCCGAUGACGAGCAUUACAUUCCAAGAGCUUUACUAUUAGAUUUAGAACCAAGGGUUAUCAACAACAUCUUGACCUCACCAUAUGCAAAUCUUUACAACCCCGAGAAUAUUUAUUUGUCCAAAGAUGGCGGUGGAGCUGGCAAUAUUUGGGCUUAUGGAUUUUCUCAGGCUAAGAACGUUUGCGAAGAUAUAUUUGAAAUGAUUGACCGUGAAGCUGAUGGAAGCGAUUCUCUCGAGGGAUUUAUGCUUCUUCAUUCGAUUGCAGGAGGGACAGGUUCUGGAAUGGGAUCUUUCCUCUUGGAAAUGCUUAAUGAUAGAUAUCCUAAGAAACUAAUAACAACAUAUUCGGUAUUUCCCAAUAAUGAGGAAGUUUCAGAUGUUGUUGUUCAACCCUAUAAUAGCAUUUUAACUUUGAGAAGAUUAACGGAUUAUGCUGACUGUGUGACUGUACUGGAUAAUGCAGCAUUGAAUCGUAUAGCAUGUGACAGACUGCAUAUUCAAAACCCUACAUUCACCCAAACAAAUCAAUUGGUGUCAACUGUGAUGUCUGCAAGCACUACUACACUCCGUUAUCCUGGAUAUAUGAAUAAUGAUCUUGUUGGAAUGAUUGCUUCACUUAUUCCCACACCGAAAUGUCAUUACCUAAUGACAGCAUAUACUCCUUUUACAAGUGAUCAAGUCGAAAAGGCAAAAUCUGUACGUAAAACUACGGUUCUCGAUGUGAUGAGAAGAUUACUACAACCAAAGAAUAAAAUGGUAUCAACAAAUCCAUCAAAAAAAAGUUGUUACAUUUCAGUCUUGAAUAUAAUUCAGGGAGAAGCUGACCCUACGGACGUCCAUAAAUCAUUGUUAAGAAUACGGGAACGUCGCUUAGCACAAUUUAUUCCUUGGGGACCAGCUAGUAUUCAAGUAGCGUUGACCAAAAAAUCUCCAUACAUUCAAACAUCCCAUCGCGUAAGCGGUUUAAUGUUAGCAAAUCAUACAAGCAUGGCUUCGCUUUUGAAGCGUACUUGUGAUCAAUUUGAUCGUAUCAGAAAACGUAAAGCUUUCUUGGAACAAUAUAAGAAAGACGAUCAAUUUUCUGAUAAUCUUGAAGAAUUCGACGUUUCUAGGUAUUUUUCAUCGAGAUUUAAUGAUAAUAUAAAAAUUCUUAUUAAUUAUGAUUUAAUGGCAUUAUAG